CGGGGAUGCGCGGGACAGCCGCGACCCUCCGCCGCCGCAGGGCGAGGCCCGGGGGGCGCUUGGGGGACGCCACCCCCGCUCCGGGGAACGGCACAGGCGUGUGUGUGCACGUGCAGCCACCCCCGCAGGGCACCUUCCAAGUACUUCGUGGGGAUGGCACUUCUGUGGGGACUGUCAUCAUGUUCCACUGCCCCUCGGGCCACCAGAUGGUGGGGUCUGGCCUCCUCACCUGUGCCUGGAAGGGGAGCAUCGCUGAGUGGUCUUCAGGGACCCCCAUGUGCAAGACCGUGCCCCCCUACGAAACCUUCGGCUUCAAGGUGGCCGUGAUCGCCUCCAUCAUCAGCUGUGCCGUCAUCAUGCUCAUGUCCGUGGCCUUCCUCACCUGCUGCCUCAUGAAGUGCGUGAAGAGGAGCGAGCAGCGGCGAUCUAGCAGAGCAGCCCAGCUGUGGCUCCAGCUGAGAGGCGAGGACUUGGAGACAGUGCAGGCUGCCUACCUCGGUGUCAAGGGCUUCAACAACAACAGCAGCAGCGGUGGCGAGUCCAGGAUCCCGCCCAUGCAGGCGCACGACAACCACAGCUUCACCACAGACCUUGGUGAGGGCACCAGAGAGCUGGCCAACAAAGCCCGAGGCAUUGACAAGGACCCCUGGACCCCCAGUGGCCCCACCAGCUCACCCCACGCCCAGGUGAUGGUGCACACAGCAAACCCAGGGCAGAUGCUGCCAGCCUCCAGGCCAACUGUGGGGAUGCUCAGACAGCCUGCAGCCUAUGUCCCGGGGUGACUGCGGCAGAGCCGGAACCCGCCCUUCACGCUGGGAGAGCCAGGCUGACCCCACCAGCCAGCCACUGCAUCUCGACGUGUGUCUAGCUCAAGACUGGUCGGUGAAAUCAGCUUCCGGGUUUAGAGAUCCCUCAGGGCAUUGAGCUGGGGACCCGAUCGAGGGGCGUCCUGUCCCAGGGGAGCCCACCUGUAGUGGUUUUUAUAGAUAGCCUUCCUUGAAACCACCACUGAGGGUCACAGAACCAGCUGCGGCCACCCUCUAGUCAGGCUCUUUUGAAGAGACUGGGGGACAUUUUAAGCACAUCUAGUUUUGCAUAGCAAAGUGGGAAGAUGACAGCAGACUUCUCAACAAUUGCAGCUGGCUGCGUUGUACUUGCAAGCAGGGACCCAGCUGGGGUGGUGCAUCGGUUAUCUGGAAAGUUGUGGUAAGGGGUAUGAA